UUUCAGUGAGAAUGGAUUGAUGAUAAUAUUUACAUCGCUCCUACCCAGUUGACAAUUCCCCUCUGUCGUUUUAAACAACGAACCAAAGAACAAUAACAUCGGGUACUGGAGACACUACCAUCAGGUGAAAACAAAAGAGACGACUGCCACAUGCUUUUCACGUGUGAGGACCUAGAGGUAACUGUGUUAUUUUUACGAUUCAAUGAUUCCAGUGUUUAUCUUCAAAAAAGUUUAUAACCUGCUAAAGGAUCUGACUUAUCUAGAGAAACCAAUUUCAUUUUCAAACAAAUCUUCCAAGGAGUUAAUACUUAGUCAUGUGCGGUUUGCUAGCUUUGAAUGCAGAGAGAGAUCGAAAUUUCAUGAAAUGAUGAGACAAAAUGAUCGGAAUAUUAAGGACUUUACACUAGAAUUACAGAAACAGGCUGCGACGUGCAAUUCGGGAGGUCUGUUGGACACUCAACUUGUUGGUCGUUUGACUGCUGGAAUGAAUAUUCUGAAUUUAGGGAAUUAAUACAGAAGCCCUGAAAUUCAUUCCUAGGAAUUAAAACGGCAUUUAGUAACUGUUAGGCAGCACACGAGCUUGAUUUUCGGUCGUUCUGAUGAACUGCACUCUCGAUGUCACUCAAGCUCGAUUGUAUUGAGUCACAUCCCCGUAGAAAUAUGAAAAAUGAUUCAAAGAAAAAUUGCAAAGAAUGUAACGGGGGUGAGCACAAGUUUGGUAAAUGUUUAUCCUGUGGUAAAUUUCACUCACGCAAUUUAUGUGCAUUUCGUCAUGCUAAAUGCUUUAAGUAUGAUAAAAUUGGAAACAUCUAGUCUAUUUGUAAAUCUACUGUUCGUUUCGUCGAAAGUAAUACCAAAUUUUGUAAUUUAGAUCUCAUUAAUUUGGGUGAUUCUAAUUGGCAUAUGCUAUCCUUGUUUACAACAUCGAGUAAUUCACUUGAUAUUUAGAGACGACUUUAUCUGUCUAGUGGUGCUUUUCACGAUUUUGAUGUUGACACUGACAGUAUCGCGUUCAUCAUUUAGGUUGGUAAGUUUAAGUCGUUAAAUCUUGAUGUUAUAGUCAAGCCUUACAAGGUUUCUAAUUCUAGUAUUACAGGCCACUGUAGUGGCAUUGGGCCAUAACCACACAAUCUUCAAAGCUAAACACAACACUACUCAGAAAGUAGAUAUUCAAUAUUUAACACGGAGAAAUACCUAACAAUGGAGAAGGCGCGAACAAUGAAUUAAAUUAAUUGGAAUUGAUCGAAUGGCGUGGCUCGGCCAUGCGGGCGUGGUCCCUGCUGAAUAUUAC